AUGAGCCAGCAGCAACCAGCCGAGAUGAGUUACACGCUGCCAGGGGUCAUGCACUACUUGCAGACCGAGUUCACGCGGAACGAAAGAGACAGAAUCGCGUGGGAACUGGAGCGAAGCGAGAUGAGGACAAGGAUCGCGCAGCUGGAAGGUGAGAACCGGAGUUUGAAGUACGAGCUGAUGCUUGCGAGGCCAGGCCACGAUGUAGAGGACGGUGGUGGGGCGAUUUCGGGUCCGGAUACGAUUAAGGAGCCCCUGCUGCUGAAAUCCAGAAUGGCACUCCAAGAGAAUGUCAAGGAAAUUGUUUACCUGUUGAAGAGCCGAAACGUGACUGAGGGCCUGCAUGCGCUCAAUGAGAGACAGGAUUCGACGCAUUUGCUAGAGCAAUUGAAUUUGGGCUCCAACGAGACAGCAUCAGAUCCAAAUUGUGAGCAAGCCGCUGCAGCUGCUGCGACGACGAGGUAUCCCGUGGGUCAGAAUUCCGACGCAGGUAUCUUUGAUAGUGCAGAUGGUUCUGGAUUUUCGCCCAUUGAGGGCCCAAUGGCGUCGUUUGACGGCGCUGCCGAGUCCAGCCUUGACUCGGACGCUGAGACCAUUGCAGACGGCGACGGUCAAGAAUCCGAAGAAGGACGCAUUGUGCCGCCCCGUGAGAACGUAGAAGCUAAAGCGGCUACAACCGCGGCCACGAGACCCCGUGCAUCCUCUUUGUUUGCCACCAAAAGAGGCGCGCCAGCACCCAACAUGGCCCUCCGCUGCCAACGUCUUAGAUAUCAUCUGGCGCAGGUAGAGAAUUUGGUAGUGUCUCAGUUCAACAUGCUCUCGUACGCGCGUGACGGGCUUCUGAAGCAUUGGAUGAUUGAGCCCAACCUGACCUGUAACGACAAAUUGACCAAAAGUUUUCAUGGACUUGCGCCCGUUGUCUCAGGUCUCUACUGGUUGGACUCUCAGAAAUUUCUCUCUGUCGACAAUGCGGGGCUCAAAGUGUGGUCAGUGAACGAAAAUGACCCGGUCACCGCCGUAGACGUUUUCGCCGGCGAAUCGUGUGACGUUGUGUUCCAAGAUAUCCAAAGUCUCGAUUUCAAAAGUAGUCGAUUGGUCAUUACUACUUCCGACGAAAUCCAGGUGUGGGAGCUGGCGAUCAGCUCAAAUGAGCUAAAAAUUGUGCCCAAACACAAGAUUUCCGCCUCUGCCAGCAUUGCAGACGCCGUUUUGGGCAUGACGGAGAAUUCUUUGAUCGCUCUCUACAUGGAACCCCUCCAUCUGGAAAUUUACAACUUGAAAGGAGAUACUCUUUUGGCCAACGUUGACCUUCAGGCAGAAAUAAAAAUCGAAAGUGAUUUGUCCACGCCCAAAGUUGGCAAACUUUACUUAAACAAGCUCAGCUCGAAAAUCCUCAUCCAAGUGGGCGCGCAUAUCGCGGUUUACUCCUUUGAUACAAAAUCCAUCGUCUUGAGCGAACGUUUGAAUUCCUCUCCUACGGGGCUCGUCUUCAAAUCGCCAAAAGAUUACAUUGUUCUUGCAUAUAACAACGGCACCGUUGAGGUCCGAAGCACAAAGAAUUUCCACGAUACCCUGAAGAGAUACAAUCAUUACGACGAUGAAAAUGAAUACGAAGACGAAAGCGGCAGUCAAGACGACAAGAGGGCUCAAAGCACAAACAGCAAUUUAGCUGAGGAGGGAGAGGAGCUGGGGGAUCUCAGGCAGAGUUCUCAUACGGGCGUUAUAAUUGACGUGACCGAAAUAGACAAGAUCCCAGUUAUCGUAUCUGGCGGUGAUGAUGGCAUGAUUAGGCUAGAAAGAGUUACGGAAAGCGCGUAA